CACUGUCGUAAUCAGAUAUCCCCUCUCUCUCUCUAUUUUCUCUCCAGAAGAAUGAAUAACUGAGAGAAAUAAAAAGAAACUAGGCUGUGAAAAGAGAGACAUUUUUCUUUGUCUUCGAUCGUCUCCGUUUCUCCUGUAAUUCUUAGAAUUUUGCUGUUAGUUUGAUUCUCACUGGUCAUGAAUCGAGACGGACCCACCAGAGUUAAUGCUCCGUAACGUGGAAAACAUUUUCUUCUUCUUUACUGAGAAAAUUUUCAAACUGUUUCAGUCGGUUGUUUGUUUCCUCCAUUGAUAUUAGUUUGGGGUCUCUUCAGAAAAUAAUUAAAUUCUUUAGCUUUUCUCUUUCUAUAGAAAAUUGAAUUUCUUUUUCAUAAUCAGAUAAAAAAGCUUAAACCUUUUAUCGUUGGUCUGUGUCUGUAAGUUGUUUUAAGGGGUAUUUUCGGUAUUGAUUUUUGCUCAGUUAGGUCGUUUUUUUUGUACGAAAAUUUGUGUUAAUCGAAUUCAAAGUCGAGUCAAUUUUCAGUUUUUAUUAUUUUUUUUCUGGGGGGUGAAGAUCUGGGCUUGAGGAUAUAGAGAUUUAAGGUUCUGGGUUUAUAUCAAAAAAGGGUUUUUGUGUGGUUUAUACAGAAUCAAAGAUAAAAGAAUUUAAUUUAAUUUUAUUGAGAAAGCCAAAAUGGCGGCAAGAGGAGUAGAAGGAUCAACGGGUGGUGAGAUAAGUGAAGAGAGUGAUGAGAGAGGAAGCAUGUGGGAUUUGGACCAGCAACUUGAUCAGCCUAUGGAUGAAGAAGCUGGUCGCCUCAGAAACAUGUACAAAGAAAAGAAAUUCUCAGCGUUUCUGCUUCUGCAGCUUUCAUUUCAGAGUCUAGGCGUUGUGUAUGGAGACUUAGGAACCUCUCCUCUAUAUGUUUUCUACAAUACAUUUCCUCACGGGAUCAAAGACCCUGAAGACAUCAUUGGAGCUCUCUCCCUAAUCAUUUACUCCCUCACACUCAUCCCUCUCCUCAAAUACGUUUUCGUUGUCUGCAAAGCCAACGACAAUGGUCAAGGUGGAACAUUUGCCCUCUAUUCUUUGCUCUGUAGACACGCCAAAGUGAACACUAUCCCCAACCAACACCGUACAGAUGAAGAGCUUACAACUUACAGCCGCACCACGUUUCAUGAACAGUCUUUUGCAGCGCAGACCAAGAGAUGGUUAGAGAAAAAUCCCUCUAGGAAAAACUCUCUACUCAUUCUCGUACUCGUCGGUACCUGCAUGGUCAUCGGCGAUGGGAUCCUUACUCCUGCCAUUUCUGGUAAAAUGCAAUCAUACAUUUUAACCUUGUACAGAGAGAAAGUAGUUCAUUGGUUGUCUUUGUUAAAUUGUGUUACAGUUCUAUCUGCUGCGGGUGGGCUCAGAGUAAACCUGCCUCAUAUAAACAAUGGUGUUGUUGUUGUUGUGGCGGUAGUGAUAUUAGUGAGUUUGUUUAGUGUACAGCACUAUGGAACAGACAGGGUCGGGUGGCUUUUCGCGCCUGUUGUGUUUCUAUGGUUUCUCUUUAUAGCAAGUAUCGGUAUGUACAACGUCUGUAAACAUGACCCAAGCGUUUUGAAAGCUUUCUCCCCUGUUUAUAUCUAUCGUUAUUUCAAAAGAGGAGGUCAAGAUCGUUGGACAUCCCUUGGAGGCAUCAUGCUUAGUAUCACAGGGAUUGAAGCUCUCUUUGCGGAUCUAUCUCACUUUCCAGUCUCAGCAGUGCAGAUUGCAUUCACUGUAAUUGUUUUCCCUUGCCUUCUCUUGGCGUAUAGCGGACAAGCUGCUUACCUUAGGAAGUAUCCACAUCAUGUGGAAGACGCCUUUUAUCAAUCCAUUCCAAAGAGUGUGUAUUGGCCAAUGUUUGUGAUUGCGACCUUUGCUGCAAUAGUUGCAAGCCAAGCCACAAUAUCAGCGACCUUCUCGUUGAUCAAGCAAGCUCUCGCCCACGGAUGCUUCCCUAGAGUUAAAGUGGUGCACACUUCAAGGAAGUUUCUCGGUCAGAUCUAUGUUCCAGACAUCAACUGGAUCCUCAUGAUCCUUUGCAUAGCCGUCACAGCUGGAUUCAAGAACCAGAACCAGAUAGGAAACGCGUACGGGACAGCUGUUGUGAUCGUCAUGCUGGUCACAACCCUUCUCAUGAUGCUGAUCAUGAUACUCGUCUGGCGAUGCCACUGGGUUCUAGUCCUCCUGUUCACCUUUCUGUCGCUUGUAGUGGAGUGCACUUACUUCUCAGCUGUGCUCUUCAAGGUUAACCAAGGCGGGUGGGUCCCUCUCGUCAUCGCGGCAGCCUUUCUCAUCAUCAUGUACGUCUGGCAUUACGGAACGCUCAAGAGGUAUGAGUUCGAGAUGCAUAGUAAAGUCUCCAUGGCUUGGAUUCUUGGUCUGGGACCUAGCCUUGGUCUUGUCCGUGUUCCCGGGGUUGGUCUUGUUUACACCGAGUUAGCUAGCGGUGUCCCUCACAUCUUCUCUCACUUCAUCACGAACUUGCCGGCUAUUCACUCCGUUGUGGUGUUUGUCUGCGUCAAGAACCUUCCUGUCUACACCGUCCCUGAGGAAGAACGGUUCCUUGUGAAAAGAAUCGGACCGAAGAGCUUCCACAUGUUCCGCUGCGUGGCGAGGUAUGGAUACAGAGACUUGCAUAAGAAAGACGACAACUUUGAGAAACGGCUCUUUGAAAGCCUCUUCCUUUUCAUCCGCCUUGAGUCCAUGAUGGAAGGCUGCUCUGACUCUGACGAUUACAGCAUCUGUGCAAGCCAACAACAACAACCGCACAGAGACGGGAACGAGAGUAGGAACUUGGAGACUUUUGAUACGUUUGAUUCUGUAGAGUCUGUUAUGGCACCUCUUGGGGUAACCAAACGGACGAGCCACACGGUGACUGGGUCGAGCCAGAUGAGUGGAGGAGGGGACGAGCUGGAGUUUAUAAAUGGGUGCAGAGACGCAGGAGUGGUGCACAUAAUGGGGAACACAGUGAUUAGAGCCAGGAGGGAAGCGAGGUUCUACAAGAGAAUAGCCAUUGAUUAUGUGUAUGCGUUUCUUAGGAAGAUUUGUAGAGAGAAUAGUGCUAUCUUCAAUGUUCCUCAGGAAAGCCUUUUGAAUGUUGGACAGAUUUUUUAUGUGUAAUGGUGUUUGAGACAUGAUUUGAUUGUAUGUUGCUUGAAGCUGUGGUGAAUUGACCAUUUAAUAUAAAACCAGUGGGAGUCUGGUUACACCUUAUAAAUCA